AUGUACUGUAAACAAAUACUGUACCUUAGUGCAGUUAAUAUUUUAUGGGCGCACUGGCAAGAACCUGAAAAAUUUAUUCCUGAACGUUUUUUGAAGGGAAAAGACACUAUUGAAAAGAAUAGUUUUAUACCAUUCGGUGGCGGCAUAAGGUUCUGUCCGGGCAAACAUGUAGCUGUGGCUGCACUUAAGAUGUUGAUGGUGUCUUUAUUUGAAAAGUAUGAGGUUGAACUAGUGGAGCCAAAUAAACCGCUAAAAACCGUUUUUAAACUUGGUAAUACCUGCCAGGAAAUGAAAGUCUAUCUUACAUCUAAAUCGAUAUCAUAA